ACAGUUGGCUUGGUUGGUUGGUUGGUCCUACCCGGCAAAAACUCACGGGCUCUAUUAGGUGGUGUGUACACAGAAAAUGUCUUCUUAUAUUCAAAACACACAUACUCACACACACAAACAACUCAUGGAUUCAAUUAUUUUCUUUGCUCUUCUUGUUACAGCAUCAUUGUUUUCACAAUCACUAGCUAGACAAGCUCGAUCAUCAACUACACAUUAUGCCACUCGAAUCACAGUUGUAGGAGCUGUUUAUUGUGAUACUUGCUCAAAAAAUGCUUUCACUAAACACAGCUACUUCCUUCCAGGUGUUUAUGUUCAAAUAAAAUGCAAGUUCAAAGUAAACUCACCUAAAUCAGCAUCACAAGUGAACUUCUUAGCUAACACAACCACAGAUAAAUAUGGAGUAUACAAAUUGGACAUACCAUCAGUUGAUGGGGUCAGCUGUUUGAAUGGUUUGUCAAUGGUGUCAAUGUGCCAAGCAAGUCUCAUUGGGAGCUCAUCUCAGCCAUGCAAUGUGCCUGUUUUAAGAACCUCAUCAGAUGAGAUAUCAAUCAAAUCAGAACAAGAUAAUCUCUGUAUAUACAGCUUAAAUGCUCUGAGUUAUAGGCCAUCUAAGAGGAACAAUACCUUAUGUGGAGUUAGAAAGAAAGAAGAAGACUUAGUAUACUCUUCCAAGUGUUUUCUCCCAUGGCCACCUUUACCUCAAUUCAACUUUCCCCCAUUACCUUUUCCAACAUUGCCAUGGCCAUGGCCAUUCCAAGAUUCCCCAUCUCUGUUUUCGCCGCCACCUUCGCCUUCACCGCCUGCAUUUAGUCUUACAGAUCCCACAACUUGGAUACCAUAUUUUUCUCCAUCACCUCCAGAUAGACAUCAGAACCAAAACCCUUAGUAUUAAAAUCAUUAUCAUUCUCAUUAUUAUUAUUAUUGUUUUGUUCUCUAUAUUAUUUUCCAAAAUAAUUAUUUUCAACUGUUUAUUAUUAUGAUUUGUGAGUAGUGCUGGGAUAAUUGUUGAUUUAUGCUUAUUAACAAACUGUAUAAGCAUAUACUCCAUUUUGUUAUUAUGGUUGGUAAUAAAUUUGUGUACAAAUUAUAUUUAAUUACAAAGUAUAAUGAAGCAUUUUACUCA